UUGCACACAGCCUGGCCGUUAUGGUCUCAGGGAUCGUAGUCUCAUGAACCCUACACAACGCCUUAUUUGUCAGAUGAAUAAGCAAGUAGUAGAUGAGGAUUCUGCGUCCACAGUAUCAGUUAAUGCCUAAUUGUUUAAGUUCUUUAGAGAUGCAAUUUCAGUUUGAGUUCUGAAAGUAUUUGACCAAAGAAGAGUCUAAGUAGAACUUGAAGCUACAGGAACAACAUAUUGCAUUUCGGAGGUGUAACAGGCAUCUCUGAGUCUGUGUUUAGUUAGGAGAUUGAUCACCUUCUUUCUUUCCACACUCCUUUUUGAGAGAGUUUUAGAACUGACAUGCACGCCAGUUUUGUUCCUAGUAAUGCACUUAUUAUUUUUGUUUUUUGUCUCAAGUUUUGCACUGCACUCCUAAAUUUAGCAGAAUUUCAGGGGGGUGUAUGUAACGGGUACAAGAAAUACUUUGAUUAUUUGAGUGAAAUUCCUGCUAAAAUAUGUAUAUUGUUUGUUAUGCAAUGAGAGGUCCAAUUGCGCCAUCUGCUGGUACCUGAAAGUCUGUAAAUAUGACCGCAAACCGGAAGCUUAUUGGCAGACUUCCUGUUCUCUGCUAAUGGUAAGCCACGUUCUGAUAUUGCUCCGCAAAAUAUUAUAUAUUACACUAAAGUUUACGUGAGAUUUAUUGUAAGAUACACAGUUAUUUAAUAGCAGUUGAAAUGCUACGUUGUGGAAUUUUCGUUUUGAAUUGGUUGUUGCUCACGUCAGAUGUAUUACUAUUUUGCACUGAAGUCGAUAUUAUUUUCCCCCUGUAGACAUCGAAAUCAGCAGAGGUGCUAACCACAUAUUGUGUGUAUGUGCGUUCUGAUCACUCAUUGCAGGAAAAAAAUAAAUUUUGAGAAGUUUCCUGUUGACGCCCAAUCAUGGUGAGACGCUGUGGGCUGCUCACUAACAACAGGGAGCCAGUUCCUUUAAAGGGCAUUGAAGUAGAGCUGGAGGUGAAGGACCACGUGGCCACAGUGGUGUCCACUCAGCACUAUGAGAACAAGGAGGACAAAGCCAUAGAAGCUGUUUUUGUUUUCCCUCUGCCCGGAGAUGCUGCUGUCUGCCAUUUCAGCGCUAAGGUCGGACAGACUGAGAUUGUGGCCGAGGUGAAGGAGAAACAGAAGGCCCGCGAUGAGUACGACGAUGCCUUGAGCUCAGGGCAGCAGGCCUUCCUCCUGGAAGAGAGUGAGCAGAGCCCAGAUAUCUUCUCUCUCAGUGUGGGCAGUCUUCCUCCAGGAGAGAGCGCCUCCAUCAGGCUGGAGUACAUCAUUGAGCUGGCUGUACAGGCGGAUGACGCGCUGAGGUUUUGUUUGCCUGCGGUGCUCAACCCUCGCUACCAACCUCAGGGGAGUGAAGGUGGCAGCGUCCAGGUGACCUCUGUCCCCGCCUCUCAGGUGCCCUACAGUCUGUCUUUCUCUGCUCGGGUGUCCUCUCCUCGUCAGGUCUCCAAAAUCGACUCCAACUGUUCCUUGGAGCCUCUGCAGUACCUUAACGCUGAGCAAAGCCAGGCUGUCGUGAAACUGGCUGCAGGACACAAGUUUGACAGGGAUGUUGAGCUGCUGAUUUACUACAAGGAUGCCCACCAGCCGGCUGCUGUGGUGGAGGCAGGUCAGGCGCCUGCCAAGCCUGGCACACUGAUGGGAGAUGCGGUCGUGAUGCUGAGUGUGUACCCGGAGUUCCCUCAGGCAGUGAUGUCUUCACUGGCCUCAAGUGGAGAAUUUGUGUUCUUACUAGAUCGAUCUGGAAGUAUGGGUUGUCUUAUCAACAACAUCAAGAAGAGUGAGACUCGCAUCAGCAGUGCCAGGGAUACUCUUCUGCUGCUUCUGAAGAGCUUACCAGUAGGCUGCUACUUCAACAUCUACAGUUUUGGAUCUCGCUUUGAACACAUCUUCCCUACAAGUGUGGAAUACAGUGAGAAGACCAUGGAAGAGGCUCUGAAGAAAGUCAAUGAGUUUCAAGCUAACCUAGGAGGAACAGAGAUCCUUCAGCCGCUCAAACACAUUUACAACCAACCCUGCAUUCCCAGUCAACCAAGACAAGUUUUUGUGUUCACUGAUGGCGAGGUUGGAAACACCAAAGAGGUUUUGAACCUAGUGAAGAAGAAUUCCACUUCCCACAGGUGUUUCUCUUUUGGGAUCGGCGAAGGUGCCAGCACUGCUCUCAUCGAUGGAUUGGCUAAGGAGGGAGGAGGUCACGCUCAGUUCAUCACAGGAGCCGACAGAAUGCAAGCAAAAGUGAUGCAAUCGCUGCAAUUUGCUUUGCAACCAACAGUGAAGGACAUUUUGGUCAAGUGGGAUCUGCCAAAGGGAGUGUCUGUCACUGUCUUGUCUCCACCUCUCACAUCAAUUUUCCAGGGUCAAAGGUCCCUCAUUUAUGUUCAGCUCACUGGACAGAGUUCCGAGGCAACAGAUGGCUGUGUAAGUGUCGAGUACAGCCUAGCAGGUCAUCCGUACCAGAACCAGCUCCACUUCGCUCUACAACCCACAGAGGAAACUGGCAGAUUAACCAUCCAUAGACUGUGUGCUCGGACUCUGAUUCGCUGCUUGGAGACAAAGGAGACCGAACGCGGUGGACAGCAGGAUGAGACAGUGAAGGUCCAGGUGGUGGACGUCAGCGUCCAAUCAGGAGUGAGCAGCUCCUUCACCGCCUUUGUUGCAAUCAACAAAGCAAGCAAAGAAGCCGUUCAAGGACCUCUGCUGCGCAGAAAUAUUCCAACACCUUCCAUUAACUACAAGGCUUGUCUUCUGAUGGAAGGUGCAACAAAAAAAUCUAAAGGAAGUAUACCUAUGAUGAAGAUGCAAAGCCCGAUGCCUCCUACUUAUUCUUAUUGUGAUUCCAUUCAGAUGACAAUGGAAAAUGCAGACCAAAAAUUUGAAGGAGGAAUUUUUCAUUCACUUAAAAUGAGGAUGCGAGGCUCUAAGAAGAAAUCUGCACCAAGCACGAGGAAAUCUGCGGAUUCUUGUGUUGAAAAGACUUUAGCCAGCUCGUCGCCUACAGACCCUUGGCUGCAGUUGGUUUCCCUCCAGAAGGCGUCGGGCAGCUGGGAGCUCAAACCCACUCUGGCUGCUGUGCUAGGAAAGACCAGCAAGGAGGUGGAGAAGUUGAAGCCUGCAUCGGCGAAUGAGAACGUGUGGGCCACCAUUCUGGCUCUGGUCUGGCUUCAUGGCUUCAAGUCAGAUGCUGAGGUCGAAUGGAAGCUUCUGGCUAGGAAGGCUGCGUCAUGGCUCCUUUCUCUGAAUGCACCUUCUGUGACAGACUGUGUUGUGGCUGCAAACACUCUGUUGGGCUGCAACGUACAAAAAGAUACACUGGGCCUGUGAGGUGUCCAAUACAAAGAAACUUUGUCAACAUUGCACUAUUUUCAUCCAAUCUGCUUUUCUUGUCUGCAUUCCUCUUUGAUAAGUUGCUCAUGGGUCAAUGUCAUGUUUUCUUACACAGAUCAACUAAAAGUGGCAAACCUGAAACCUAUAGAACCAUAAACAACAUUAUAGGGAGUGCAUACAGCUACACAAAGGCCAUACACACAACUCAUUGUGUUGUCUUGAGUGAUUUUAUGCUAAAACUAUGAUUCUAAAUCCAGUCCCUUUUAUUAUUCUAAUAUUUCAUUCUCAAAUAAUUACUAAACGACACAAUAAAGAUUUCAAGUGGAAUAUUUAA